AUGAAUCCAAAAGCCAAACUUGACACGCUCAUCAAGGACAAAAAGAUAAUGAGAUGGAGUGAUUUAUUCUGCAAGUUUUGUAAAUAUGGCUCAUUGCUUUCGAUAAAGUUGUUUCAUGAGCCUCUUGAGGAUAGAUUUCCAAUUUUAAAAGACGCAAAUUUGAAGACAGAACUAAAGCUUAACUUGGCCGAUUCGGCUAUGAAGGGAUUGCAAUAUCCUUUCGUGUGGACGCGCACAUCUGAUCAUGAUAAGUUGCUAUCACAAGCUGUUGAAGUUGAGAUUCAAGUAAUCUAUGAUAUUAAUUAUCAUAAGCUAAAGAUUAAAAACUUGCUGGCUGGUGCAAACUUGUCAGAGUCAUCUAUUGCGACUAUCGCCGAUGAUGAUUUUCCUAUAGUGGAUGAAGAAUAUGGCCAAGUCGAUGUCGAUGAUUACAUCCCUUUAGAGUUGACGAGUUCGUCCCCUCAAUUGCAACACCUAAAGAAAUUAGCUGACAAUCUGUUUGUUAUCGCUCAUUGCCAAAUGACAAGAGUUUGUUUGUCCCUUCCUUCGGUUGCAUUGUGCAUCAACCCGUUGAGAUUGUGCCUUUCCUCUUUGAAGUCGGGGUUAAACUGCAUAUUGGAUUUAAUGCUCAUGUUUCUUCUGAUUAAACGUGUGCUAUGUGGCGAAUUAUCGGAAUUUGAUUAUGAUCAAUUUCGACGAACCAUCCCAGUUAUAAACCUCUAUGUUUUCAAGUUUGUACAAGGUUUCUUUCAUAUUUUACAUUUGGAAUCACAGAUUCUUUCCAUUCAACGCUACCAAAUCAAUAUUCUUGCAGCAAUGUUUCAGCAACUGAAAAGCAAAAUAGUUACAAGUGCGAAUGCUGCACCCAACAAAACAAUUCUGAGGUACCUCGAUGCAAUCGAACAUCUCUGUGCCGACAUUAACGCUAAUAAUGACGAAUUGGAGACUACUGUUGGCGGUAUUUCUCCCACAGUCAGAAGCUGCUAUACUGAAAAAUUACCCGGGGAACAUUUACUGGGCAGGAAUUCGCCUGUGGAGUUUAACUUUUCUAAACUGGACACUAAGUUUUGCCCAUUCACAGAGUCAUUGAAGAGAGGAUUGAAAACGUGGAAGAUGAAUAGGAGGAGCUUGGGCUACAGAACUAAGACGGAACUAUUAACGAGAACCGCGGAAUUGGUGGCACUACCUGGCACUGAAUUUGACGGUACUUUAGAUAGUUUCUAUGAGUUGUUUUGUUCAGAGCACUAA